CAGAUCUCUGGAGUGCCGGAGACGUGCUUGCCAUCCCCUUACAGCCCGGGGGUGGGUAGACCCCAGUGCUUUAUAGAGGCCUUUGUUCCAGUCCCGAUAGCGAUGUUUCUGGCCUUACUAGCCCUCUGCUGUGUCUGCAUCCCACCUUAUACCUCGACACCACCAUAUGGACACAUGUGCAUGUCUAAAGAAGAGAAGUAGCUCUUUUUCCGUCUUUUUCUCCACUAUUACACAGAGCUUUGGUUUCUUCCCACAGUUGUUAGAAAAGCCAGUGUUGGAGUGGAGAGGAUUAGAGUGGUAGAUGGGAGGUACGGCCCCUUUUUGCUUUACUAACCAUCAUCACUGUACUUAAUGCUGUACAAAAAGCAGCACUGUGCUUCACUGAACUUCCAGCACUGGCCUAGGUAGAUCUUGUCUGCUUUCUCAUAAAAAUAAACGCUACUGAAAUUCCCUAUCUUCUCUGUUACCCCAACUAAUGGGAAACAGCUUUUUCCCUUAAGUACCUAACUAUAUCUUUGCCAGCAUAUUACUAUAUGAGUCUGAAUUGAGUGUGAACCCGGAGUUCUGAAGUUGAUGCUUUAAUAAGAAUUGUAUCAAAUUUCAAGUACCUUGUUUGUAAAGCAGACUGGAAAUUUGUUGAUCCAAAAAGAAAAACUUGUAACGAAUUACAUAAUACUGUGCUACUAUUAAAAAAUAACAAAAAAGAAAAUAAACAAACAAAAAAAAAUUUUAAAAUCCCCCACAAAACUCAUUUUUCCUAGUGUAUUAUGCUGCAGCUAGCUGUUGUCUCCUUGACAACAUUUUUUUUUUUUUUUGCAUAGCUGUUUCAAACAGCAGUUUAGUUGAACACACAAAGUUUGGGCUCAUGACACUGGAGUAGCAGGGGAAGAAAGGAGAUGAUGUAGCUCGUCCAGAUGCUGCCUCUUGGACACAGAAAGGCGCUGCUUGAAAUUAUCAGGGGAUUUUGAACACCUUGACUCUGAAGCAGCAGUGCUCUGAUGUACCAAAAGGCUAAAGCCUUUUCGAGUAUGUUAAUACAUAAAUCAAUAGGAAAAGGUUUAGAUUUUAAUUAAGUUUCAAAUUUAGCAUUCUCUUGAGAUGAAUGCUUAUUGGAGAUAAUGCAGAGAAGUCUGCAGGAGGUCAUUUGUGUGCAAGGUUUUUAUUGCAUCUGAUAAUAGCUAUGAAGUUAAUAUGCUUUUACUGAGAACUUAGUUGCUGAGGUACAGAUCUAUACCAGUUUAUAGAACCCAAAGAAAUGACUGCUGUGAUGGAUGUACUCUUCAAAUUCAUACUACCAGAGGUCUACGUGGUUUGGUUAUUGCCCUAGGGAAGAACCUGGAAUCACACGCAGCAGGUUUUACACAUACAUUGCAUGGGAAAACCUUCCUCCUGUACUAUGUAAAUAGAUUACAGACUGGACUGGUUUGCCAUCCCCUGUCAUUUAGUUUAUGGAUGUGAUUAUGGCUCUUUUACCAACAGCAGUGGUCCCCUCCUGUAUUGUCCACUAUUUUGGGAGGCAAACGGCCACAGCCUCUCCUUCUAAAUUUUUCAGAUAUACCAAAUAGUCUCAGAAAAGAUUUCGGUUUGAUUUUUUCUCAUGACUGCAUCAUCUUUACCUGUAGUUAUUGCAGGGGAAGGGUUUGGUGCGUUUGGAGUGUUUGCUGUGUUUUGCAUGGUUGGGUUUUUUCAAAUUAGGUUCAUGCCCUUGUCACCUAUCCUCCAAUAAAGUAGAAUUUUUGUGAUUCAAAUAGUUACCAGACACAGGCUCUCAAAGAGAUCACUUUUCAUUUAUAGAAUAUUUUGAAAGUAUACCUGGGGAGCAGAAACUUCUGAACUUUUAUAGUGUCAUAAAGCAUUUGCUAGAAAUAAGAAAUAGUUCAUUGGCUUGAUAUGGUGUCUGACUGAAGUUGUAGCUCAGAUGCCUUAAGACACUGUUUCUGAAGUUGCUGUGAGCUCAGUCCAUAAAAGAAAAUGAUUAUGAGUUGGUUGAAAUACAGUUUCCAUGACAUAACAUUAUUUAGUUUGAAUAUCUGGGACCAAGUCAAAAGAUCUUGGCUUGAGAAUGUUAAAGGUGGGGUUUUUUUUCCCGUUGUGGUAUUUUAAUGAGUAUGCAGCUUCUUGAGGAAAAACAUGUUUUCUGCACUCCCACCCCCAAGUCCUUUGUCAGCCCUCUUCUUCCCCCUCAUAUUUGAAAGCAAGCAAUCUUGAAAAAUUGUUUAUUACUACAUAAAACAGAAAAUAAGAACAAAUGUCCAUGUGCACCCUCUUUAUUUGUUUCUUUUCUAGGUGUGCACUUCAGUUGCAGACACAGAGCCAUCUUGUACUGCACAGACAUGUCUAGAAAAGUGGUGCUGUCACUUUUACUGUAUGGACUCUUGCUCAGUAGCAUGGGAGAAGAGGAAGGACUGCAUCAAACACAAUUCCUGGUGUGGAGCUUAAUGGGAGCCAGGAGCUGGGAGCCCCUGCCUCUCUCCGAUGCUGUGCCUUGUGGACCUGCUCAGCCCUGGUUCCCGAAUGUCGCCUUUGGGACCUGGUCCACAUGUUCCUGACCCCUGUUGUACCACACUGGUCAUUUUAGAACAUGGACACAAUGUUUGUGCGAGGAUUAAAGAGGAAAUGUUUUGAUGGUGAAGAAGAUAUAGAAGGGACUCUGGCUGGUAUUAAGGCUAUUCCUUCCUAUAAUCUCCAGCGGCAGUCACUUUUAGAUAUGUCCUUGGUUAAACUUCAGCUGUGUCACAUGCUGGUGGAACCCAACCUUUGUCGUUCAGUACUUAUAGCCAACACGGUACGGCAGAUCCAAGAGGAAAUGACUCAAGACGGGACUUGGCAGAUGAUAAACACACAGAGUACAGGGCAGGCAUCCCUGGAUCGUCUUGUUUCAACAGAUAUCCUGUGUCGUUCUUCUAGGGAUCAAGCUGAGGGAAAGCAUGUUCCAGCCUAUGGUACUUUCAAUAAAGACUUUGAGAGUGACCAGGCACAGGAUAGUUCAGAAACUAUGUCAACAGCCCCUUCAGUGCAAGCACCAAGAAACCUGCAGAGCAACGUGUGGGAAAUGGAGAAUCCACAAGAAAAUAAAGGAAACUUUCAAAAAUCUUUAGAUCAAAUAUUUGAGACGCUGGAGAAUAAAAGUCCUAAUUCUGUUGAAGAUCUGUUUUCAGAAGUUGACAAUUCUUACUAUGAUCUUGAUACUAUGUUAACUGGCAUGAUAACCAACACAAAAAUGGGACACUGUGAUAGUCUUGAAACAUUUUCUUCUCCAACAAAUACAGCUUCUCACUCUAAUUGCAAAUCUGAUCUUAAUGACCUUGAUCAUAUUGUGGAAAUCCUUGUUGAAUCCUGAACCUCCUUAUAUAGGAGGUAAAGAUCUGCUAAUGGGAAGAAAAGACUUGAGAAAGUAAUUUCUACAGUUUGUUCUAUCAAAUCUGCACGAGUAUUUUACAAAUAUCUAUAUAUUAUAUAGAUACAUGUAUUAAGAAGCACUUCAUAUUGCAAAAUAGUGUUAACUCUUAUUAAAGUUAACCUGCAACUUGUAGUGUAAUAAUCUGAUUUAUUGUCCACUGAACUGUAAGUAAAUAUGGUAAAUGUUUCUACAUUAGGGGUCCAAGGCUCUUGAAAUUGGGUUCCUUUUACCAAUUUGUUUUAGCUUUUGAUGGAGGAUAUCCUCAGGGAGAGGGAUUCUCUAUCUUCUUACACUUCUCCCAUAAAAAUGGUAAUAAACAGAGAGAGAAGUUGGAUUACUCGUUUCCUAUUUUCCUCCGGUUGCCACUUUGUUACACCACAAAACUCCUACCAUACCUGCUGCUUCUGUUUUAAGUCGCUACAUGGCUCUUAAAGAGCAGUAUGCAAUAGUUCUUGUUAUACUUGCUAGCUUCUUCUGGGUUUUGCUACAAUUUUUACUUCAAAAAUAGUUUUAAAGUGCUUAUUGAUGUUUAGAUUUUUCCAGGUAUUUUCCUAAAAUAUAUUUUUUACUACAGAUGUUAUGUCAGCUGCUAACUUAGUAACUUUUGAUCAUAUCUGCAGUUGAUGUAUUUUUUGUAAGAUUUUCAAAAAGGGAUGUUUUUUUACCAUGAGCUACCCAAUGUAGUUCAGUAAAGUGUAUGUAAAUGUAAAUAUACAAUUUUAUACUUUGCAUUAAAAUGUAAGAGCUGUUUUCAUGAUUCUGUUUUAUAGAGUAGUACUUUACUAAAUUGAGAAUUGUACAUUUAUGCCUUUCAUACCCCACAUACUUGAGUAUCAUUAUAGGAAGAACUUUGAUCUAGCUAGACACAAUUACAUUUAAUUCAUUUCAGACCAUACUUUUUGUUAACUACAAACCUAAAUGAUGUAGGCUUUUAUUUAUGUGUAUUUAUAUGUAAAUGUCAUCAAGUGAAUUGUUUAUCAUUGAAGUCUACCAUCAAAUAUUUGUUUAUAUGGGAUAACUAUCUUGCACUAAUUUCUGCAAAAAGUGUUAUUAGCGGUCUUUAAGUCUCACUGGUUGGUAUGUCAUGAUGUCUUGUCAUAGUUAAUAUGCUCCACUCUUACCAAGGGUUUCCUCUUGGCUUUUUUUAAUAACAAAAAGUGUAAUACAA